AUGGCCAUCUCGUCACGUCUCGCCCUGUGGGAACAAAAGGAGAGUGAUAUCCGGGAGGAGAACAAGAGCCCUCCCCCGUCCUCCCCCCCUCCCCUGUUCUCCGUCAUCCCUGGGGGCUUCAUCAAGCAGCUGGUCCGAGAGACAGAGAAAGAGUCCAAAGAGGCCAGACGGACGAAAGAGGCUGCGCUGGCCUCCCCCGAGCGAGAGACCCCAGACGUUUCCUCCAGCAGCAUGACCAACAGCGACCCCCAGGCCAGAAGCCAAAGGAUUUCCCCGGCCAGCCCAUUCCCCUCUCCACAGAGCACAGACAUUCCAGGCCGGGAGAGCCCAGUGGCCAGUGGCAAGGACUCUGCGUUGGUGGCCAGUGGCGAGAAGACCCGGGAGCAGAGCCCCAGUGUGACACCCGCCAAGAAGCCUGCGCCCUUCAGGAGGGGUGUGAGGAGGGGGGAUGUGCUGCUGAUGGUGGCCAAGCUGGACCCAGAGUUAGCCAAGCCCGAGCAGAGGACCCUCACGGGCAAGCCCUUGGCCCCUGCCUCAGACCCUGGAGGGACAAAGAAAGGGGACACCCCGGGGACGCCUCGUGGUCCCCAGGACAGCAACGCAGGCUUAUCUCCUAAGGCUGACAGGGCACGGACUGGGGGUGCAGAGGACCCAGGCCAAGACACCAAAGGCGAGAAGCAACAGGGGACAGCGGAGAAGGGGAGUCAGGGCCCCCAGACCAAAGGGAAGAGAGCAGGUGAGCCCCCAGAGGGCAAAGGGGAGCAGGGGACCAGAUCCCAAGCCCAGGGGCCAGGGGACAAGGGGAAAGUGAAGACAGCAGAGGAGGGCGGUAGUUUGCCAAAGAAGAAGAAGGAUGUGCCUCAAGAGGCUGAGGGGAGACUCACUGAGCCCCCAGUCCCGGUGAGGAAGUGGGGAGGUCCCUUGGGCCGGAGGAGCAAGUGGGACAGUCCUCAGAGCAAGAAGGACAAAGUGACAGAGCCCCCAAAGAGGGCCGAGAAGGCAGGCGAACAGCAAACCAAGAUGAAGGAGAGGGGUCAAGGGCAGGUGCCAGAGUCUCCAGGGAAGAAAAUGGAACCGGCAGCGGGACCCGAGCCCAGCGAUAUUCGGGGGCCCCAGGGGGAGUCAGUGAGCCCCGAGAAGCCCCAGGGCAAGCCCGCGGAGGCAGGCGAGGCCCGGACGAGUCAGGAAGAGAAGGCUCCGGAAAGAGUGGCUGCGCGGAAGGAGGGACGACCAGAAAGCAGCGCGAGGGACUCUGGGGAGCCGCGUUUGCAAACUGGGGGUGGAGGGGGCGCCCCAGGGCUGCAGCCCGAAGGUCUCGCAGAGCCUGCACCCCGAACUGAGGUGGAAAGGCCUGCCGCACAGAGGCCGGUGGUGGGCACGGAGGAGGAGCCAGGGAGAGGAGGCCAGAGCGGAGACUCGGAUCAGGCCCUGGAGGACAGAUGGUACGAGGCGGAGAAGGUCUGGCUGGUUCAGAAGGACGGAUUCACUCUUGCAACGGUGCUAAAACCAGAUGAAGGGACAGCCGACCUGCCGGCAGGAAGGGUGCGGCUCUGCAUCGAUGAGGACAAGACUGUGACGGAGGUGGAUGAGGACUCUGUUCACCGGGCCAACCCCCCUGAGCUGGACCAGGCUGAGGACCUGGCCUCUCUGGUCAGUGUCAACGAAUCCAGUGUUCUGAACACGCUGCUGCAUCGCUUCAAGGCUCAACUGCCGUACACCCACACGGGGCCGGAUCUGAUCCUCCUUCAGGCCUCUGGUGGGAAGGUGCCACGGGGCCAGCAGGAUGGCCCGCCCGCCCACAUCGUCUCCUUAGCCCAGCGGGCCUACUGGGCGCUGCUGAGCCAGCGGAGGGACCAGAGCAUCGUGGCCCUGGGCCGGAGCGGCUCUGGGAAGACCGUGUGCUGUGAGCAGGUCCUGGAGCACCUUGUGGGGAUGGCAGGCAGCGUGGAUGGAAGGGUGUCAGUGGAGAAGAUCCAAGCCACCUUCACCAUCCUCCGCGCCUUUGGCUGCGUGUCUACGAGCCGCAGCCCCACGGCCACCCGCUUUGCCAUGGUCAUGUCUCUGGAUUUCAGUGCCACUGGCCGCGUCACAGCUGCUCAGCUCCAGACAAUGCUCUUGGAGAAGACCCGAGUGGCCCGGCAGCCAGAAGGGGAAGGAAACUUCCAGGUUUUCUCCCAGUUGCUGGCUGGACUGGACCUGGAUCUCAGGACGGAGCUGAACCUGCACCAGAUGGCUGACAGUAGCAGCUUUGGCAUGGGGGUGUGGUCCAAGCCCGAGGACAAGCAGAAGGCGGCGGCUGCCUUUGCCCAGCUCCAGGGUGCCAUGGAGACAUUGGGCAUCACAGAGGGCGAGCGGCGGGCCAUCUGGCAGGUGUUGGCAGCCAUCUACCACCUGGGCGCAGCAGGGGCCUGCAAAGUGGGCCGGAAGCAGUUCAUGCGGUUUGAGCGGGCGACCCACGCGGCCGAGGCCCUGGGCUGCAACUAUGAGGAGCUGAACACAGCCACGUUCAAACACCACCUGCGGCAGAUCAUCCAGCAGAUGACGGCAGGGCCACGGCGGAGCCCCGGGGACGAGGACACCCCCUCAGGGCUCAAGAUGACCGGUGCAGAGUGUGUGGAGGGGAUGGCUUCAGGCCUGUACCAAGAGCUCUUCGCAGCCGUGGUUUCACUCAUCAACAGAUCCUUCUCCUCCCAUCACCUCUCCAUGGCCUCCAUCAUGGUGGUUGACUCCGCGGGCUUCCAGAACCCCCGGCACCAGGGCAAGGACCGGGCUGCCACCUUCGAGGAGCUGUGCCACAAUUACGCCCACGAGCGCCUGCAGCUGCUGUUCUACCGGCACAGGCUCGUCUCCAGGCUGCAGCGGUACCGUGAGGAAGGUGUUCCAGUGAACUUUGACCUCCCAGAGUCCUCCCCAGGAGCUACAGUGGACGUUGUGGAUCAGAAUCCUUCCCAGCAGGUCCACUCCACAGCCGGAGGAGACACCGGGGACGCCAGGGGCCUUUUCUGGGUCUUGGAUGAGGAAGCCCGGAUGGAGGGCUCCAGUGCCAGCACGGUGCUCGAGUGUCUGCGAGCAGCCUUUGAGAAGAAGGGGGCUGGGGCCGAAGGGACCCCUGUCCUGCGAGCCUGCGAGCAGCCCCUUCAGUGCGAGAUCGCUCACCAGCUGGGGCAGGACGCCGUGCGCUACGACCUCUCGGGCUGGCUUCCCAGAGCCAAGCCCAACCUCUCGGCCCUCGAGGCUCCGCACAUCCUGCAGCAGUCGAAAAGGGAGGAGCUACGGAGCCUCUUCCAGCCCCGGGCCAACCUGCCGCCCGUGUGCAGGGCUGUGGCCGGCCUGGAGGGCACCUCCCAGCAGGCGGUGCACAGAAGCCGCGUGGUCAGGAGGACGUUCGCCAGCAGCCUUGCGGCGGUCAAGAGGAAAGCCCCGUGCGUGCAGAUCAAGCUGCAGAUGGAUGCACUGGUCAACCUGGUGCGACGGUCUCAGCUUCACUUUGUCCACUGUCUGAUGCCGAUUUCAGCAGUGGAGAUCAAGGGUGGGCAGGGGACCCCGUCGCCACCAUGUCCUGGAAGAAACCAACAAGGAGCCGAUGAGACCCCUGCUCUGGACAUCCCGGCACUGAGGGUCCAGCUCGCGGGCUCUCACAUCCUGGAGGCAUUGCGGCUGCACAGGGCAGGCUACGCCGACCACAUGGGGCUUGCCCAGUUCCGCCGGCGAUUCCAGGCGCUGGACCCUGUACUGCUAAAGGAGUUCGCGUCUACCUCGGAGGGAGUAGAUGAGAGGAAGGCGGUGGAGCAGCUCCUGCAGGCCCUGGACCUGGAGAAGAAGGCGGUGGCCGUGGGACAUAGCCACGUCUUCCUCAAGGCGGGCGUGGUCUCCAGGCUGGAGAGGCAGCGGGAGAAGCUGGUGUCUGGGAACAUCGUUCUCUUCCAAGCCACCUGCAGGGGCUUCCUGUCUCGCCAGGAAUUUAAGAAGAUGAAGAUUCGCCAGCUGGCGGCACGGUGCAUUCAGAAGAACAUGGCCGCGUUCCUGGCCGUCAAGGACUGGUCAUGGUGGCAGCUGCUCACUUCCCUCCGGCCCCUGCUGACUGCCGCCAUUGGGACUGAGCAGGUCCGAGCCAAGGAGGAGGAGCUCACCCUGCUGAGGCAGAAGCUGCAAACGUCAGAGAAGCUGAGGAGUGAACUCCGGCAGAGCACGGACCUGUUAGAGAGCAAGAUUGCGGACUUGACCUCAGAGCUCGCAGAUGAACGCUUCAAAGGUGACGUGGCCUGUCAGGCGCUGGAGAACGAGCGGGCGGAGAGGCUGCAGGCUUUCCGGGAGGUUCAGGACCUCAAGAGCAAGUACGAGCAGGUGCAGAGGAAACUGGGGGAUGUGGAGAAGCAGUUGGAGGAGGCGCAACACAAGGUCCAGUUGCCUGACGUGGAAAAGAAACCCACCGGAGGGGCAGACGAGUGGCAGAUGCAGCUGGACUGCGCGCAGCUGGAGAACGAGUUCCUGCGGAAGCGGCUGCAGCAGUUCGAGGAGAGGCUGGAGUCCGAGCUGGCGUCCAGGAAGGAGCUGGAGCAGAAGUUUGGGGAGCUGCAGAGUGCUUAUGAAGAAGCCAAGAAGAUGGCUCAGCAAAUGAAGAAAAAGUGCCACCACCUCACCUGGGACCUGGAGGACACGCGCGUGUUGCUGGAGAACCAGCAGAGCCACGCCCACGAGCUGGAGAAGAAGCAGAAGAGGUUUGACAUGCAGCUGGCGCAGGCCCUGGGGGAGUCGCUGUUUGAGAGGAAGCUCCGUGAGAAGGCCAGCCAGGAGACCGUCAGUGUGCGCUGGGAGCUGAGCCGGUUGCAGCAGCAGCUGGAGCAAAAGGAACAGGAAACCUCAACGCUGAAGCAGGAGAUCGAGAGGCUUCAGGACCAUAAGCGGGAGCUGCUGGGCUCAGCAGGGGACAACUGCGUGGCGGGCUUGAAGGAGAAGCUCUGGAAGCUGGAGUCCAGUGCCCGGGAGCAAGAAAAGGUCCACAGCCAGCAGGAGAACACCAUCAAGCAGCUGGAGCAGCUCCGCCAGCGGUUUGAGCUGGAGAUCGAGCGCAUGAAGCAGAUGCGCCAGAAGGACCGCGAGGACCAGGAGGAGGAGCUGGAGGACGUGCGUCAGUCCUGCCAGAAGCGGCUCCGUCAGCUGGAAAUGCAGCUGGAGCAGGAGUAUGAGGAGAAGCAGAUGGUCCUCCAUGAGAAGCAAGAUUUGGAAGGCUUGAUCGGAACCCUGUGCGACCAGAUUGGCCACCGGGACUUUGAUGUGGAGAAGCGCCUCCGCAGGGACCUCCGGAGGACUCAUGCACUGCUGUCUGAUGUUCAGCUCCUUCUGACGACCGUGGAUGAAGGCAAGACAUCAGUCAACAAGGAGGAGCUGGAGAAGGUGCAUAGCCAGCUGGAGCAAAGCAAAGCCAAGUGUGAGGACGCCUUGAAGACGCAGAAGGCGUUGACGGCGGACCUGGAGAGCAUGCACAGCGAGCUGGAGAACAUGACCCGAAGCAAGAGCCUGGUCGACGAGCAGCUGCACCGGUUGCAGUUUGAGCGGACGGACCUCCUGAAGCGCAUCGACGAGGACCAGGACGACCUGAACGAGCUCAUGCAGAAGCACAAGGACCUCAUCGCGCAGUCUGCUGCUGACAUUGGACAAAUUCAAGAACUACAGAUCCAGCUGGAGGAAGCCAAGAAGGAGAAGCAGAAACUCCAAGAGCAGCUUCAGGUGGCUCAGCUGCGCAUCGAGUACUUAGAGAAGUCUACGGUGGAUCGUGCCAUCGUCAGCAGGCAGGAGGCAGUCAUCUGUGACCUGGAAAACAAGACGGAGUUCCAGAAAGUUCAGAUCAAGAGAUUUGAGGUCCUGGUCAUCCGGCUUCGGGACAGUCUGAUCAAGAUGGGCGAGGAGCUGUCACAGGCCGCGAUGUCGGAGGCCCAGCAGCGGGAGAACAGCCAGUAUUACCAGAGGCGCCUGGCAGAGAUGAAAGUGGAGAUGGAGGAGUUGGUCCAGAGGGAGGCAGAGGCGAGCCGGAGGUGCAUGGAGCUGGAGAAGUGUAUGGAGGAGCUGGUGGCCGUGAGACAAACCCUGCAGACAGAUCUGGAGACGUCCAUCCGUCGGAUCGCAGACCUGCAGGCGGCUUUGGAGGAGGUGGCGUCCAGCGAUAGCGACACAGAAAGCGUCCAGACCGCAGUGGACUGUGGCAUUCGUGGCAGAAAAGAGACGGAUAAUGUCUCUGUCGUCAGCUCGCAGCCAGAGGGAAGUGUGCAGUCUUGGCUGAGCUGUUCCCUGUCCCUGGCCACAGACACCGCGAGGAGUCCCUCUCGACAGUCCGCCAUCAGCAGCAGCCUCCUCGGGCCCAGGACUAGCCAAGACAACAAAGACGCUGAGAGGCCAGCAUCCUCGCUGAGCAGAGCGUGGGAUGUGCCCAGCAAGGCCUCCAGAGUUGACUCUGCGUCCCCCCAGUCCAUCCACCUACAAAAACCCUACCAUUUUGAGGAUGGGGAAGGGUUUGCUCUUCAGAGAAAGCCCACUGUGGAGAGAUCAGGGGUUCUUCUGUCUUCGUCCCCCACUUCUCGGAGCACAGACGUGUCACCCCCGCCCAGGGAAAAGUUGCCCAGCCCAUCUGCUGCCCUCUCGGAAUUCGUGGAAGGACUCCGCAAGAAAAGAGGCCAGAGAGGCCAGGGCUCCACGCUGCGCCUGGAGGACGCACCCACCCUCCCCAUUUACCAAACCACUGGGGCUUUUGCACUGAGGAGGGGCAGGACCAGCAGUGAUGAGGGAGACCUGUCGCUGAGGCUGGGGACGAAAUCUCCUCUGGAAGCAGAGGGAGGCCCUGGGACAGCCACGGGCCUCUUGCGGUCCACCAGCUUGAAGUGCAUCACCUCUGAGGGCGCCGAGGGCGCCACCCCGUUGCCUGACAAGCCGAAGACCAGAUUCAGUUCCUGUGAGUCCCUUUUGGAAUCAGGACUGAGCUCAGGGAGAAAUCAGAGCUCCCUGGCCACACCCAGGGACCCCGUCUUGUCGCCCUUGCUGCGUCCUAGAAGGCCGUGUCUGGAGUCCUCCGUGGAUGACGCCGUCUGCCCAGACCUCGGGAAGGAACCACUCAUCUUCCAGAACCGCCAGUUCGCUCAUCUGACGGGAGAGCCUCUGGACAGUGACCCGUUGAGCUGGAAGCUCCCAAGCCUCAGCUACAGACGCCAGACCAAGGUGGACUUCGACGACUUCCUUCCGGCCAUCCGGAAGCCCAGCGCUCCCGGGCCCUCGGCGGGGGCCGUCAAGGAUGGGCCGCCGGAGGCUUCGAAGCGCUCGAGCGUGCACUUUGAGCUGGAAGGGGCCGGCCACUCCUUUCUCUCGGGGGUCAAGACCAUUUUGAAAAAGAGCCCGGGGUCCAAAGAGGACCCCGCUCAGCUCUCCGACUCCUCCUCCUCCUCCAGCUCCAUCGUGUCCUUCAAGAGCGCCGACAGCGUCAAGAGUGCACCCAGACGCCCACGGCUCGAAGGUGACGGGGGUGAGCGAACGUCCCCCGGGCACAGGGAGCCGGGCGCAGGGCAGAAAGAGGACGACGUGGCGAGCAUCAUGAAGAAGUACCUGCAGACGUAGGAAGCCUCAGCCUCCCAAGACGCAGUUGCCAUUGGAGACUUCCUGACUGCACAUCCUCGGACACAGAGACAGACAGAGACUGCCCAGACUCCUGGAGCUCUCCAUCUGAGCCAGGAAGCCUGGCCACACUCCGGAGACGAGACAGGCCAGGAGAGGCAUAUCCUACUGGAGCACUGGGCUCCCUGUGUGCUGGGUCUGUACAAAAUAAAGUUAGCUUUUUCGGAA